AACGCAUUAUAAUGCGCAACGUACUUUUGCAGUGUUGGCAAUGCGUUCAGAAAUGCAAAUAUGGCAGUACUGCAAAUGCAUCGCGUUCCAAAACGCCAUUUUUGUAUCAAACGUCACGCAUUAUUUGCAGGAAAAAUUUUAAUACUGCCGCUGAUUACGCUAAUAUGAUGUCUGAUGAAAACGAUUAUCUAAGUACAUCGGAAGUAAAGUUGCUUCUCAGAGUCCGACUGAGCAUGGAAAGAGAAUUUGCUUCAGGGAGGAGGAAAAAGAGUGUUUUGUGGAAUAAGGUGGCGGAAGAAAUAAAAAAAUGUAAAACGCGUUCAUAA